AUGGCCACCGCAUCGAAACGGCGCUUCACCGAAGAAGAAGAUGUCAUGCUUCUUCGGGAAGUCAACGCUCGCAUGCCAUUUCGUGUCCGGCGUGGUGCUGUGAUGGACGCAUGGGCUGAAGUUGCUGCUGCACUGUUGUCCCACGAAGACUUCGACCGCCCUGGCUUUGACGCGAAACGGGCACACAAUCGUUUCACUCUGCUCCUCGAAGGCCACCGCGGUGACAACCGCGAAUCCAUGCGAGCUUCUGGGGUUGACGAAGAGUACAGCGAGAAGAUGCAGCUGUUGGACGAGCUGUUGUCGGCGUACGACGACAACAAGGCUGCAGAGCGUGGUCGUCUUGAAGAGGCGCAGCGAGAGGCCGACCGCAUCGAAUCUCUCGGCUAG